AUGAACCACGUUCUGAACAUUACGGAAAACAAUUUAUUUAUGGACUCUUUCAAUCUGUCACAAAACACGUCUGGUGAAGAUACUGUCUCGCACAUAAUAACCAGCGCCAUAAACGUUCCGUCUAUGCUGGUAGCCAUUGUGGGCAACAGUUUGAUUUUAGCCGCCAUUUUGAGCACACCUUCGCUUCGUUCACCGGCCAUACUUUUGCUGUGUAAUCUGGCUGUUUCAGAUCUUCUCGUCGGUCUCGUUAUCCAGCCACUUUUCAUUGUCAGCGUUUUUCACUCAACAAGACUCCUAUUAACCGGUAUAUGGUUCAUACUUUCGAACAGUGCAUGUGGAAUUUCUCUCUGUACGUUGACAGCCAUAGCCGUGGAUCGAUUCCUCGCUCUUCACUACCACUUAAGAUACUCAACAAUAGUGACUUCCUUUCGCAUCAAGACCUUCCUAACUGCUCUGUGGCUUAUGAACUUUAUAUUUUCUGGUACGGUUUACUUCUGGAGUUUACGCAUAUUUUCCCUUUACUUAACUAUCUUUGUUUGCCUGUGCCUAAUCAUUUCAAUAUUCUGUUACGUGAGAAUAUUUAAAAUCGUUCGCCAUCAGCAGAAAAAGAUUCAUUGCCAGCAUCAAGCUGUUAAUUUGCCUCAGGGAAGCACAAUUUCAAAUUUGCUUCAGUUGGAGAAGAGUGCGAUAAAUUCGUUUUUGUUUUUUAUUGUGAUGGUUCUUUUUUACAUUCCGGUGUCGACUUAUUUGUCCCUUUUCAUCACAAAAAACACUUGGCAGAGUGGAUGGAGGGUUGCAACCACUUUAGUUUAUAUAAACUCUUCAGUAAACCCGUUCUUGUAUUGCUGGCGAAUAGGUGAUCUCAGAGCUGCAGUGUUGAAGACUGCCAGGAAGUUGUUCUGCAGAAAAUAA